AUGAAGGAAAAUAAAAAUAGAAAUCCUAAAGAUAUGUUAGCUGAACUUAUAGAUUGUGGAAUAGUAAAAAAUUUCGAAAAAUGUAGAAUGGAUGAACUUAUAGGCGCUCCUAAUUACUUGCGUAUAAAAUAAGAAGAAAAGCAAGAACUUUAACCUGAUCCUAGUAUGUUUGAUAUAAGGACAUUUUUAACAGAGAAUAUAGUAAUACCUUUAGGAACGCCUUAUAUUAAAGAAAAUAUUGAAAAAAUGAAUUAUUUUCAUUUUUUCGGACCUCAUGGGUCUGGAAAAACAAUGGCUGUAAGGGCUAUAUAGACAGAAACUGAUUCUAUUAUAAUUGACCUAUCGCCUAGUUCUUGGGAGAAAUUAGACCCUAAUAAAUAUUAUGAUAAGAAUGGGAUUUCUAGAAUACUAUAUAUGUCUUUUGAGGUUGCUAGAAAAUAUUAGCCUGCAAUAAUUUAUAUAGACGAAGUUGAAUCGGGUUGCGGUUAUUACUUAGACUACUUAGCCUUGGAAUUGUGCGAAAAAAAUGCUUAAAAAAUUUGCUGA